UGCCUGUCAGUGUUCCCUUUCAGUGCCGCCAAACAGUGCCAGUCAGUGCCGCCAAACAGUGCCAGUCAGUGCCGCCAAACAGUGCCAGUCAGUGCCGCCAAACAGUGCCAUGCCAGUCAGUGCCGCCAAACAGUGCCAGUCAGUGCCGCCAAACAGUGGCAGUCAGUGCCGCCAAACAGUGGCAGUCAGUGCCGCCAAACAGUGGCAGUCAGUGCCGCCAAACAGUGCCGCCAGUCAAUGCCGCCUAUCAGUGCCAUAUAUGAGUGCUGCCUUUCAGUGCCCAACAGUGAUGCCUGUCAAUGCCCAUCAGUGCCACCUAUCAGUGCCCAUCACAGC